CGCAUCACAGGAUUGGUGGUUUGGGGAGUGACUUCGACUAACGACGUACGGAAUGCAAUUCAGCACUGAAAAUCAGGUGUACAUUUUUCAUACCUUAUGCACAAUUGACUCCUUCGGUCCCUCUCAAUACACGCCUCGCCAGGAGCCCCAACUGCAUGACGUGCCGAAGAAUGGCGCCUUGAUUGAAAGAGAAGAAGAGAAGACUGUUAUUCGACAUGACUCUUCCUGAACGAGACCAUGCUAGCGGCGGUGACAACGACGGCAACGGUGACGGCGACCUUCUUGACCACUCGUAUCUCACCUAUCUAAUCCCCCACGCAUCCAACUUCGGCGCCGAAAAGGCCCUUCGCUCUGGCGACGGGCAGCCUGGUCGGGGCAAGCUCGCUAGCAUCGAGCAACGCGACGUGCUGUUCUUCGAUGAGACUGUCGAUGUAUACAUUGUACUCCGGGCCCCCUGCGCCAGCGCCGAGAUAUUGCGCCCGUAUUUACCGCGCCUCGUCAUUACCCUCGACGCUCAAAUUGUGAAUGGCCAUGCGCCGGAUAGGGAUCCUCCCGCGUCGGAAUCUAUCUACAAUGGCACAGUUGAGGAUACCCUGCAAGCCAUAAUCGUAGAACAUGAGGAGGCGGGCGAUGACGAGGAGGUAGAGCAUGGCGACGAGGAUGGAAGCGGUGCCAAGCGCCCACGGGAGCGUUAUGCCUAUGCUGUCUGGAAGCUCCCCGUCUUCCUAGCCCGCCCGAGGAUCAGGCUGCAGGCUCCAUCUGUUGUUCUAUCUGCAUCCGCAGGCCUAAAGCCACCGCGGCCCGGGCGGCUCGGCGUGCCAGACGAUGGCUACAUGGAGAGUGGCGUGCCUUCUGGGCUAAACCUGCUGCAGGCCUUUGCGGACGAUCCGAUGCUGGAUCCGAUGCUUGGCGGCGCGAAGCCGCGUCUCUCGGCUCUCAGGGUGUCCCGGGUUGCUCCCGUGACGCAGGCCAAAGAAGCCCUCCGCCGUUUCAAGGGUUUGCAAAGUCUCAGGCUCAAGAUCUAUCCUGUCGCCCACACACGGGUUCGCUUUGCAAGGCCCAACACAACUCCACCGAGCUCGGCACUCAUAGCCAUGCUCGAGGUCGACUUCACCCCUUUUUUCGAGUGCGAGGUCUCGCUCGAUAAAAUUUCUCUGGCCGUUACUGACGGCAGUGUGGAGAAUCUGAACAGCGAGGAAGAGGUUGGCCUCCCUCUUAACUGCGUGGCUCACGAUCACCUUACGUUCCUGUACCGGCUUGCACCUCGCGAGCUCGACAUCGCCGCCAAAAACCUGUCGCGCGAUCUUGUCAUCACUAUUGACAUCACCGUCCUCGUGCGGUCUCCCGACGAUGACCAUGAGUCGGAUCCGUGCACGCCCCGCCUGAGCAUGACUUGGACCACUAACCUUGACUUCACCCUUCCGCUCAACCCGGGCUUCGGUCAGCCCCUUACGCAGCCCAUCCAGCGAGCCCACCGGCCGAGCCAGCUCUCCAUUGGCGGCGAUGCGCACUCACUAGUGGCGCCAUCUGUGAGCCGCCCCGACGCACUACCCUCUCUAGAGGCUGCCACGGCGCGCACCACAGAUACGAUGCUGCCAGAUUUUGGCAUCACAGUGACGUUUUCCGGCCCCGACGGGCCUGUCUACGUUGGCGAGGAGUUCCGCUGGACAGUGUUCGUCAUGAACCGCAGCGGCUCCGCCGCGUCAGGUACCGGCGCUCCUGCUGCAGUUGUUGCCGCUGCCGCCGCGGGUGGUGUGACGCGACGGCUUGCGCUAGUGGCCAUCCCACGCCGUCGGCGCAACGAGCUGCGCAUCAUGCGCCCGCCGUCGACGGCCGGCGCUCCCGGCUCUGGGGCCCGGCGUGACCCGCUCGUUGCCGACGCCGUGCUCGACGAGAACGUCGUGCACGCCAUGCAGCGCAGCAGCGUCGUCGACAGCACCGAAAUCGUCUGCCUGUCGGCCGACGUUCGCGUCGGCCCUUUGGCGCCCAACGCCUGCGCCGUCGUCGAGCUGCGGUUCUUAGCCCUGCGCGAGGGUGUCGUAGGCAUCGAGGCAAUUAGAGUCAUCGAUCUCGGAAGUCAAGAGCAUGUCGACGUGCGAGAGUUGCCUACUACGGUUGUGGUCAGCCGCCGGAGUAGGACGGAUGGGGGCUAAAACGGCGAUGAUGUGCAAUGAUGGUGCCGGUUGUGCGAGGGAAUAGCAGUGAAUAGAUUAAUAAAUGGGUGGAUGACGCACGGAACGAUGUUGUACGUUGGUAUCCUCGUAAAAGGUUAUAUU